UCUGCGAUGAAGCAAUUGCUUUUGCUGUCGGUUUUAGCCGUCAGUUGCCUUUUGGUAGUGGGUUUUAAGCGCAGGACGAAGAACAGCAACUGUCUGGUGAUGAACAAGUAUGCUAACGAAAGGCAUUGUCGAAGACCACGUAGAAUCUAUUUCGUCUUUCAUCGGGUGAUAUUCGAUUGCAUACAGGUGACAUCCAGGUGCCACCAUCCCUAUAAGAGGAACGAGUUCGCAACUUUACAAAAGUGCCGUGAUGGCUGUGCCUACCAUAUGAAAAUACCAAAACCACCCGUACCAGGAUCAUCAACUGCAGCUCCUGUAGAAGAAGUAACAGAGACGCUUGCUCCUGAAGUGGAACGAUCGGUGCCCCACAAAACUCCAGCUUAAUGAUUAAGCUGUGACCCAAAAUUAGCCCCAUAAGUAUGGAGUCCAAGCAGCUAAAGUCUGUGCUUAUGAUAGCCAUAAUUCACCAUUCUUUUGUAUAAAAGGUUAAAGGGUUUCAUUACAAUAAUAUGCAUUUUAUUCGCGCAGUUUAAAAGCUCUCGGGCGACUAUAUCAA